GAAUAAUAAUGGGAAAGAAAAACACUUAGAAGCAACUUUUAAACAAUUCACAGUAUUUAGUGACAAGUGGACUUUGCCCAGUCCCUGUACUCUCUACUGCCACCGGUGAUUAUAAGGACCCAGUGAUUCUCAAGUUGUCAAAACAUGACAGCCACUUCAUUGGGAAGACGCCUGGUGACCUGCCUGCUCAACGUGUCCGAGGCUCGCCGAGAGGAUCUGGUGGAAAGUGUGGCCAAGGCGGCUUUAUAUGACUCUGAAGGUAUUAGAAGAGAUGGAACCACGGUGCUGAACAUCUUCAAUGACCAUGACUAUAACCGCUCCGUCAUCACGAUUGUGGCCAGUAUCGAAUCCAUCAGGGAGGCCGUCUUGUCUGCCUGUGUGAAAGCCUGUGAGCUUUUUGAUAUGCGCACCCACUCGGGGGUUCACCCGUGUUUGGGUGCCGUUGACCUGGUGCCUAUCUACCCCUUGGGGGAGGAUGUGGGAAUUGAGGACUGUGCUCAAGAGUCUUGCGCCAUUGCCCGGGGGCUUACCCAACGAGUCCCGGGCACCAGUGUCUUCCUCUUUGGGUGGGCGGAUUCCCCACUUCAGCGGGGGCUGGCGCAGAGGAGGAAGGAGAUGGGAUGGUUCAAGAAGACGCCGGACUUGAACAGCGUCAGGGUCUGCAUUGGGCCUGUCCCACAGAAACGCUUUGGCCUCACUGGUGUUGGGUCCAGUCCUUAUGUCAUGAAUUGCAACGUUACGAUUGACACCCAAGAUCUCACCAUCGGACGAAAGAUUGCCACCGCCAUUAGGGAGUCCAAUCUAGGGGGUCUUCCAGGGGUCCAAGUCCUCGCUUUGCCACACGAGGGCGCUGUGGAGAUCGCCUGCAAUGUGGAGAGCGUGCCAGGGCGUCCGCUCCACCAAAUGAGCGAGACGUCACCUUGGCCAUCCUUCAGCAUUGGGGGUCAGCCGUACUGUCAUGUUCCAGCUUCUCUCAUCAGCGCUAGGGUUGCAGAGCUGGCGGGGAGGCACGGGGUUGGCACAAAGGGCACUGCCUUGGUGGGUUUCACCCCCAUCGAGUGUCGGGGCUUGGCUGAGCUGGCUUUGUCUCGACAGAUUGCUGAAUUUUGGAAAGAGCAGAAAAAGGUUUUCCAAUUACAUAAGAUGAGCACCCUUUGAGGCAGUUGUUCAUCCUCAGCACACGCCUCCCUCUUGGUAAGUCUUUGUACGCCAUCCAACUGAAGCUUUAGUCACACGAGCAUGACAGGCAGCAUCUCAGGCUUCUUUUCAUGCGUCUUACGCACGUUCUCCACAUCCCCGACUCUCUUUCUGUGCACCUCGACAGAAAUGCAUCUUUUACCUCAUGCAUGUGCACCCCUUACAUUCGCCAUGCACACAGAGUGCCUGUCAGGCUGCCGAGCAUCACAACUUAAUCUAGGUCAAAGCAUAAGCCCAGAGGUAUUCUUGUGCAACACACUCACACGCACGUUCAUAUCAAUGCAUCUUUAAAAGCUUCAUGUUUAGCCAGCAAUCCGCUCAAUAUUUAUUUCCCUCUAAUAGAUUACCGGACUUGUGAUUUGUCUCAAGAGCACCAUGACUAAGCACGCUCAGGAGUAAUUAUUGUACAUCCAAAAUGGGACACUUAUUAAGUGCAUUUAUGUGUGUGUUUGUGUGCGUUAUCUGCUUCCUUUGAUAUAAUUUAGCCUGGCAGCGUAUCAUCCGAGAUGCAGGCCCAUGUGUCACUGCGUAGAGAAAAUAGAGGAGCUUAUUUCCUCACAUCGUCCUCCGCCAACCUUCUAUAAAUACACCCAAGCUCUCUGUUCUAUCUGUGUAACGCACCCCCCCAUGUUUGUCCAAUUUUUCCUCAUAAUUGCUCCCUUCCACUUCAUCCUCCCUUCUCUGCUCCUGUCAUAAAAUGUGGAGCAAUGUGUGGCAUGUCUAGACUAAGAGAAACAUUGGGAUAGAAAAAAGGUCAAAAACACAGUUAUUUUAUCAGCAAUCUGGCCAAGUGCUACUUCCUGUUUGAACCAUAAAUAGUUAUUUCUUUAACCCUCCUGUUUUAUGUUGUUUAACAAACAUAGUAAUAUUAAUGCGAAUAAUCAGUUUUUUUCCGUAGCACAAAAAAUAGU